GCCCAUAAAGAAAACCACGCUGGUGUCGCUGAGCCUUGCCGCUCUCGCGAGGUUUUGUUGCACCGGUUCGAACAUAGAACAUAUCGCUAGUCAAAGGAAUUCGUUCAGGGCUCCGUUGCAUGGUUCCGGUUGCCUUGGUAACUGCGUCAACGGGCUUACCUUUUCGUGCCAGGGCGAAUAGUUGGAGUGUGACGUCACAGGAGCAAUGCUGUUCUACUCCUUCUUUAAAUCCCUCGUGGGGAAGGACGUGGUGGUCGAGUUAAAGAAUGAUUUGAGUAUCUGUGGGACGCUGCAUUCAGUCGAUCAGUAUCUUAAUAUCAAGCUGACAGAUAUCAGCGUGACAGAUCCAGAGAAAUACCCCCAUAUGCUGUCUGUAAAGAACUGCUUUAUCCGGGGCUCUGUGGUCCGCUAUGUCCAGCUUCCAGCAGAUGAGGUAGAUACUCAGCUACUCCAGGAUGCCGCGCGGAAAGAAGCCGUACAGCAGAAGCAGUGAUCCAGCCACACUGGACGGCUCAGGGAAAGUCGGCCAUGCGCGGUUUUCCUGCCUCCCUUUUUCCCUUCUGAGCUUUGGACGGAGAGGUUAAGCCGCUCACUGGCCUAACCAAUUUCCAGAUCAUCACCGUGUUUUCCUGAAUGAUGCAGUGUGCUGUUGUCAUAGGAACUAGGUUAUUGGAGAGAUGCAUUGUGGGCUAUGAGUGGGGAUCUUUUUGUUUUUGGAAACAAUUUCUAUUUAUAUAUAUUUUUCAUGUUUCUCUCCCAUGUAAGCAGCUCGCCGGCUGUCACACUUACAAUAUGUCAGAAUUGUUGUAUUAUGCAGACUUUGUUUAUACAGGGUGAUAUCUAGUCUCCUUAACCCCUUUCUCCUAUUCAUUUUGGUAAUAAAAACCUCGGGAUCCAGUGAUGGCCCACUCAAGCACAA